AUGCCGCUUACCUCGCCCUCACUCCUCCCUCUCUCGGACUUCCCACGGAAAGCCAGGGAAACCCCGCCCUCCUACCGCCAGUCCCACUUCCAAUCCCUUUCCCAACUCCCAACCUGCAGGAUUCAGACCAUCAGCUGGAAGCCCCGGGCGGUGGUUUAUCACAACUUCCUGAGUGACCAGGAGGCGCGACACAUCAUUGAUCUGGCGCAUGAGCAGAUGAAGCGGUCCACGGUGGUAGGCAACAAGAACGAGGGCGUCGUAGACGAUAUCCGUACAUCGUACGGCACGUUCCUCAGGCGAGCCCAGGACCCAGUUAUCAUGGCCAUCGAGGAGCGGUUGGCGCUGUGGUCGCACAUGCCCCCCUCCCACCAGGAGGACAUGCAGGUACUGCGGUACGGCCGUACGAAUAAGUACGGACCGCACAUUGACGGCCUGGAGCGGGUGGCCACCGUACUCAUGUACCUCGUGGGUGAGUCCCCGGGGCCUGACUUGGCACCCGUGUCUGCGUGUGAAUGUAUGUAUGCUGAGCAGUCCAACCCGUCUGCCUGCGCGAAGGGCCACGUGGCGUACAAGCCCAAGCGCGGUGACGCGCUCAUGUUCUUCGACGUGAAGCCGGACUACACGACCACAGACGGCCACUCCAUGCACACGGGCUGCCCCGUGGUGGCGGGGGUGAAGUGGAACGCGGUCAAAUGGAUCCAUGGAACCCCCUUCCGAAGGAUGCGAAGAAACAAACCCCCGCUGCCCGACCCGGGUGUGUGCACCGACCUGCAUGAGAUGUGCGACACGUGGGCGCGAGCCGGCGAGUGCCAGAACAACCCGGGCUACAUGCUGGGCAGCAACACCGGCAUCGGCAACUGCCGUCUGGCCUGCAAGGACUGUGAGCUGUGCGACCAGGGCGACCAGGCGUGCUACCAGCGUAACAGGGAGUCGGGCGGCUUCUUGGUGUUCGAUGAGAAGGAGCUCAAAGGACUAUGA